AUGUCUUAUCAUAAACUUAAUGAAGAGAAGCCAUUCUCAUUUCUACCUUAUUCACCAUCCUUUGAUGAUAUUCACAGCUCGUUAACUUAUCCUUCGUUGGAGUGGGAAGAAGAGCAUCUUUUUAUGAACAACUCUGUUUAUGAAGCUUCUCCUUUGCCUACACCUUCUCUGCCUUUACCUGACCUUGAACCCUUGUCUCUAGAUGUACUCGAUUCAUACAGCUCUUGGAACUUAACAGAGCAGAACAGAGGAGAAGGUGACUUGGAGAUGAAUACUGAACAUGAAGCAGUGCAAGAGAAGACUAAUCAGAGGAAACUCAACAGAGACAUUACUACCAGCACAACCGUUUCAACACCAAAGGCAUUAUCCAUGGAAACUAUCUCACGGUACUUCUACAUGCCAAUAACUCAGGCAGCUACGGAACUUGACGUUGGUUUAACUCUUCUGAAAAGAAGAUGUCGUGAGCUUGGCUUUGCUCGGUGGCCUCAUCGCAAACUCAUGAGCCUACUAGCUCUGAUUAGUAAGGCAAAGCUGCAGAAAAUGGAAGGAGGAGAGAAGGCAGGAAAGCUCAAGAACGCACUGCUGGAGAUGCUAGAGAAUCGGAAGAGGAUGAUUGAAGAGAAUCCGGAUUUGGAGUUUGAUGACAAGACAAAGAGGCUGAGACAAGCUUGUUUCAAGGCUACACACAAGAUGAAGAAGAAGGCAAGUCUCAAGUCUGAUCACUUUAGUGAGUUUUAG